UUGGCUCUGGAGAAUGUCAAUAAAUUGGAGCAUGGGUAUAAGACCAAUUUCAGUUCGUUAAUAUAUAUACAUAUAUAUGAACAAGUAUAGAGGGUAGUUUGGUAAUAACAGGGUGUGCGCAUUGAAAUAAACAGAAACUGAGCUUGCGCAAAAUGAAUUUAAGCUCUCGAUUGCUGUCCAGUCUUUGCAUGUUCAUCUAUGAGAACAUAAACAUGUAUUCGAGGGAAUGUCACGGACUUAAAAAGGUUGAAAUGCUUGAAAUCAAUGGAAAGACAGCUGUUGAGCAUUAUUUAGUCUCUGCACGCAAAGAAAACGUUUGGUCGAUGACCGUAAAUAAUUGUUUAGAAUUAACAAAAUGAUAAACAGGCUUUAUGAUGAAUUAGAUGCUAUUUAUAUUAGUUCAUUGGUCAAAAUUGCAGCUGUGAUGAUGAUUAAUUAAACUAUAAAUAAGUUUUGGGGUAACUUGUCAAAAUAAAGUUGAAUUGUAGGUCAAACAAAAAAUAAAAUCGAUAAUCGUACGUGACACAACAGCUUACUUCGUUUUAUAUACUCGUUAACUUUUUUUUUAACUGAAUAGACAUCGACAAACAGACGGUACCAUGCUUCCUAUCCAUGAGCGCGAGUCACGAGCUAUAUUUCAAAUUCACCGCUCCCAGUUUUGCGCUUUCACAGUUCAAGAGCGCACUUUUAACUGCUCUCAUAAAAAUUAAUUAAUUCAAUGACAAUUUUAUUUUUUAUAAUAUAUUACAAUCAAAUCUGUUGAAUAAUUAGGUUGCUUGAUAAAUUUUAAUAUCUGUUUGUUGAUGAUAUUAAAUUUCUAGUUUUUUUUUUUAAAUUCAAUACAGUUCUUCGUGACAAUUUUCUUGAUCACAAUUUUCUAUAAGUUGCUAUGACACAUAUAAAUUCCAAUGAAAAAUGGAUUCAUCAAGAGAAGGUACAAAAAAUGGCUUCAAAAAAAGAGAAAUUGGCGCAAUCAGAAGCCAAUGAAGAAAAUGAAAAAAAUUCGAGGCCAAGAAAAUACAAAAAUAAUUUAAUGAAACAAUAUCCAGAAUUAUUUAGAAGUGAUGUUUCUAUUCAUCCAAGUUAUACUGGUCUACUAAAUUUACCCUAUUAUGUAGUUUGUCGAAGACGAAUCCAAAAAUUAAAGAAACAGAUUAAUCGACGAAUGAAUCAAGAAAUUAUGCACAUGGCAAUGAUGCAAUCUCACGCAUUAGCAAGUGUCAGGAUUGAUAGACUUUUCAAUGUCGGUUUCCCUCAAGAAGCAUUACAUGUACCAGAUUUUGCUACGGAUAAAGAAAGACGUCGGAUAAGACAACUUUUAAAUGAAAGAUAA